AUGAACGGAAUCAAUGUCGAUAUCAAUCACUUGAAGAAAGGUGAAGUGAAUUUGGGUACUUCCAUUAUGGCGGUUACAUUCAAGGAUGGUGUUAUAUUGGGUGCUGACUCCCGUACAACCACUGGUACUUAUAUUGCUAAUAGAGUUACUGAUAAAUUAACUCAAAUUCAUGAUACUAUAUAUUGUUGUCGUUCAGGAUCUGCGGCAGAUACUCAAGCAAUUGCUGAUAUUGUUAAAUAUUAUUUACAACUUCAUGCUGCUCAAUUACCACCAAAUGAAAAACCAAGUACUGAAAUUGCUGCUAACGUUUUCCAAGAAUUAUGUUAUAAUAACAAAGAUGCUUUAACUGCUGGGAUCAUCUGUGCUGGUUAUGAUAAGAAGAACAAGGGAAGUGUUUACUCCAUUCCAAUUGGAGGUUCUAUACAUCAACAAGAUUAUGCCAUAGCCGGUUCCGGUUCAACUUUUAUCUAUGGUUGGUGUAAUGAACAUUUUGAAAAAGACAUGGAACAAGAUCAAUGUAUUGAAUUUAUUAAAACAGCAUUAUCAGAAGCCAUAAAAUGGGAUGGUUCUUCUGGUGGUGUUAUCAGAAUGGUUGUAUUGACAGAAAGAGGAGUCGAAAGAUUGAUUUUCUACCCAGAAGAAUUUCAAAAAUAA